GCUUAACCUAUCCUGUCAUGCUGUAUUACUCUCGCCUUUGUUACUUAUCAUGAAAUUAUUAAAAUUAAACCUGUACAAUGUCGUAAUUUUUUAACAAACAUAAACAAGCUUUUUCGUGACGCAGACUAGAAGCGUGUAUCCAGCAGACAACUUUCACUUUUCGGUUGAGCGCCAAGUUGAAUGGAUCGUUGUCGAUAUGCCCCCCAAAAAAGUUUACAAUAAAGGUGGUGGACAUACACCAAAUCAAAAAUCAGCAGCAAAAAUCACCAAAAAGUACAAAACAUGUGGAAAGAGAAUGUCUCCACAGAGAAGGGAGAAAGUCAGAAGGGCACUGUAUGAUGUAAGUAAAAACAAUCAAUCAAUAAGGAAAGCAGCAGGGGAGAAUGGGUUGUCCUAUUCAUUUUUAUAUAGACGAUGGACGGGCGAAGUCAACGAAUAUAAAAUGAAAGGACAACCACCAGUAUUCACCGAAUCAGAAGAGACAGCCAUGGCAAAGUGGCUUUGUGAAAUGUCUCAAAGGGGUAUGGGUUUGAGGAUGUGCGAGUUUUUAGACUUUGUGCAGACAGUUGUUAAUAAGGAAAAACGUCAGGUGCCAUUCAAAAAUGGAAGACCAGGCAAAAAGUGGUAUUAUGCAUUUAUGAAUAGAAAUUCCCACAUUAUCAAUCAAAGAGUAGAGACUGCACUGGAGCUAAAGAGAUCUCGGGUCACCAAAGAAAAAGUGGAUGCAUGGUAUGACAGAUUUCGAGAUUUUUUGCUGAGCAUUGAUCUGAUUGACAAGCCAAACAAAAUAUGGAAUGCAGAUGAAACAGGUUUCAAUAUGGGCAGCAACAAAAGUAAAGUCAUAGGGCCAACUAGACGAGACCUGGGUGUGCCUCACAUUUCCUUUGGGAAACAACGUCUCACUGUGAUGUUCUGUGGCAGUGCCUCUGGGCAAAUGAUGCCUCCAUUUCUUGUUUACCCAGAACCUAAGCCAAGGGGUUAUAAUCCUCUCAAUGGGUCUUUAGAUGGAACUGAUAUUGCAUAUACAAAGAAAGGGUGGAUGGAUAGAGCAACCUUUUCCAAGUUUGUGGACCAUUUUGAUCGACAUGCUGGGGUAGAGCGUCCAGUUUUGCUUCUUUUUGACAGCGUAAGUAGUCAUGUCGAUCAUGACGUUUUCAUGAAAGCGAAAUCAAAAGGCAUUGAGUUAUACAGGAUUCUGCCAAACGCAACUCACCUAAUGCAACCGCUUGAUAAAGGUGUUUUUGGACCUCUCAAAUCAAAGUGGCACCUUACAUCAAGAAAGUACUGUAGAGAAAAUCCAGGAAAAACUAUUGGGAAAGAUAAUUUUGCAAUAAAGUUGUCAGAGACCUUCUUACAGUUUUACAAACCAUUAACUGUAAUCAAUGCUUUCAAAUCUGCAGGAAUAUAUCCUGUCGACAGUACAGUCAUUACGCGUGAGAUGCUGAAGCCGUCACUAACUUACACAGAUGAUGAAGCAGCAAAUGUAUGUAUAGAUAUUGAGGAGACAAGGACUGAUAGUCAAGAAGAAUCUGGGGAACAGGAGAAAGCCAAAGGAGCUCUUGAGGUUUUUCAGAACACCCUUUCCACUCCUGUCCGACAACGUUAUGCGUAUCAAAUAGAAGAAGGCCUUGAUCUUGAAAGACAGUCACCUUGUUUUGAUGUGUAUAAAAAGUUGCAUGAAAAAGCAUAUCCACAUGACAGAGAUUUGAAAGAAAAGAGCAGACAUACAUGUAGCACAUCAGGACUUGAAUUGCUUGCUGAUGCAGCUGUGUUACAGUUGGACACCAAACAGCCUGUACAGUCUUAUCUUCAAGAAGACAGUGAUGGAAUCGGAGAACUUUCAGAUACUGGUGAUGUGCCGAUGUCUCCUGUGUUAACAGAAAGUUUGGUCUACCCUAAGGCUACUAACUGUUCAACGAGAACACGGCUGUCUGUUUUAGACACAUGUCCUGAUCACCUGACCUCUCCAGAAAGUAUCAGACAAUUCUCCUUAAAGCAACUGGAGACAGUUAAGUCUUUUGCCAAGAAAGAAAAAAAAAGCUAA